CGCCAUUAAGACUCACACCGAACGAGUUGUUCACAAUAGGUCGCUGGUUGUUCAUGGCAUGGAUGUAGAAAGAGGUCUCGGAGGUUUAUAAUGCUUUUAGCAGCAGCACAUUAAAGACAGGGAGGUUUCACAUUGAUGAGGACAUUUCAUGACGUCAGAUCCGGAACAGGUGACUCGUAUCUGCACGUGUACAGUGUUGUCAGUGUGAUGGAGAGAUGACUUCAGCUAUCCUCUCAGCGAUCUCCGUUCUCACCAAGCCCCUCGCUGCGUCGUCUUGGCGUGAUGCUCCGUCCUCACAGCAGGAGGCCCUCCUGGCGGCCCUACAGGCCAACAGAUCCCUCCUCUGCAAGCAGCUGCAGACUGAGAGCAGCUUUGAGGGGGUGAGGAAGCUGAGGGAGGAGGUGAGGGCUGGGUCAGACUGGUUCUCCAGCAAUACAGCAGAUGUCCCCUGGGGCUUUGUCCAGGAGUGUCUCCUCCUGCUGCUUACCUUAGGACGACACCUGUCUGCCGAACUGAAUCAGUUCAAGGAGACCCCCCCUCCAUCUGCAGCUAAACUCCACACCCCUGAGAUGGCUCCGGCUUUACCUCCUGAUGUCCUCAGUGUCACCCAGCAGAAGACGCUUGGAGCAGCUCUACAGUUUGUGGUUUCCCUGGGACUUUGCCCAUACUUGGCCCCUGGCGUGGGCGUGCCACUGGGUCGCAGGUCAGCGUUUGGAGCCAUGGUGGAAAAACUUUUUCAUGGUGUGCCGGUGCAAGACGCUGGACGGCGCCUGCUGACCACCAUGAAGGUUCUCCUGCAGCUGGCAGAGCUAUCGUCUCUUGCCACGCUGGUGUUCACUCGCCAUCUGGGGGACGUGAUGGCCGCUCUGUGCCAGCUGGGCUUCCAGCCCCGGUGGGAGGAGAAGAUGCAGGACCUCAGUCCUGAGGAAUGUCAAACUUGCAAGGAGGCCCUCAAAAAGCUUCUAGGAAAAGUCUACCAGCCAAUCGUCAUCAAGGAGCUGCUGAUCCUCCAGGGCGGACCCACACAGUCUGGUGCAGUGGGAAGCUGCAGAGGGUCCACCAGGAGGUUAGUUCCUGGACCAGCUCCUGGAUCAGCUCUGGGAUCCGCUCCGGCCUGGCUGAGGUGUCUGUGUGGUCAGCUGCUGUCUGAGCGCCUGAUGCAGCCUAAAGGGGUCCAGGCUGUAGUCAGAGCUAUCUUGGAGGGAGGAAUGGGAGGCGAGUCCGACUGGAGGAAAUGUGAAGCUUUGGCCUGGAUCCUGGUGACCCCCCCCAAGCAGUGGGCCUCAGCAGGCAGCUACUUCAAACACGUCUGUCCUCAGAUCCUCGACCUCCUGCACUUUAAGGACCAGCUGACAGCCCAGCAGUUCCAGCGGGUCGCCACUACAUCUCUGCUGCUCCUGGUGCAGAAGGAGCCCGGCGUGGCCCUGCAGCACCUGGUCACUCCUCUGCUCUCACCCCUCCACCGCUGCACCCCCGCCUCCAAUAAGGGUCAAUCCCAAGCUGCUGUGGAGGAGAGCGAGCUGUCCCGCUGUGUGAGUGAUGUGUACAAGGUCUGGGUUGUUGGGAACAGUCCAUCAGCGUCCCUGCUCUCAGCUCUGGAGGAGGUUCUUCCUGUUGUCUUCACACUCUUCUGCUUCACCAAGCAGAACGUGUCCCACCUCCGCUCCCCCUGUCAGGAGAUCCUGCUGUGGUACCUGAGCCACGCCGAGGCGUCUGCAGCCCUGUCAGCACUGAGGCAGCUCUCAGGUCUGCAGGAACAGAAGAGCGAGGUGGGAGCUGACUUCCACUUCACCCCCGGCAGUGAUGGAGGAGCCAGACUGAGCUGCAGGGAGCGCUGCAGUGAGGAGGACGAUGCUCUGUAUGAGAAGCUGUCUGGAGAGCAGUGGAGGCUGGAGGUUCUGAUGCAGCUGCUGAAUGAACUCAAAGACUCAGACCUGCCCGGAGACUUCUUCCUGCAGCUGCUGCAGGAGCUGGCCAGCUGCGCAGCUGCAGCGGAUGAAGAAGAGGAGGAGGAGAAGCAGGAGUUGGGAGUGUCAGCCAUGACUCUCCUGGAGGUGGAGCAGCAGGUGCUGGGGGCCGCUGCGAGGCAGGGCCACAGACUGGCUCUGCUGCAGGUGCUGGCUAUGAUGGUGGAGUCUGUUCAGCACACUGUGCUGCUAAGGAAACCUUCACAGGUGGUGGACUUCAUGGUGUCCCUGCUUCAGAGGGCCUGUGUUGGUCUGGAUCAGAACACAGGUCCAGGCGUGGGAAACCCAGUAGAGAGCGAUACGCUGAGUAUGGGGGUGGGUCUGCUGGCUACCCUACUGUCUGGACCUCAGCUUAGUGCCGAGGACUACUCUUCUAUGAGGAGACUGCUCCCCCCCCUGGAGACGCUCUCUCAGAAGCACUCUGACGUCUUCAUCCAGGAGCUGGCAUCCAACCUCAGAGCUGUCAUAGCCACUCACGGUGCCUACCGGCCGGAACACCUCUCCACUGAGGCUCAGCGCUCCGGAAACCCUGAAACCAUGUCACAGAACAAAAGUGUGCCUUCAAGGAAAAGAGAAAAUAUGCAAGCUGAAGCAGACUCUCAGACUGGUCCUCAUCUAUUUCCCUUAAACAGUGAGCCGGCGAGCAGUGCCGCCAUCAGUCAGUCCUCGGACUCCGGAACAGGACUAAGUCCCAGAGGUGGAGGGAGGACCUCUAGCACCAGUAAACCUGCCCCUCCGACCAAGCCCUUUUCUGAUUUGCUGCUGGAGGCAUGUGACCCGGACGUGCCAACCCGAGCGUUCGCCCUGAGGAUUCUGACCCAGAGGGUACAGAAGCAGAACCCAGAGGCUGUGCAGGAGCAGGAGAAAGUGUUCAUGCUCUUCUUAGAAAACCUGGAGCAUAAGGACUCAUUUGUCUACCUGUCAGCCAUUCAAGGUCUGGCUGCUUUGGCUGAUUCGUACCCUGAGAGGAUUCUGGAGAGGCUCCUCAAAGACUUCCAACACGGCCCCUCACUCUCUACGUCCAUCACUGAGCACUGCCUUGAGACCCGCCUCAAAGUGGGAGAAGUCCUGAUGAGGGCGAGUCGGGCAAUGGGGGAACUUGCGCCCCACCUCGGGCGUCCUCUGGUGGGGGUCUUCCUGCAGGGAACCAGGGACCCGGACCAAAGCGUGCGGGCCAGCAGCCUGUCUAACCUGGGGGAGCUGUGUCCGAGGCUGGACUCCGCCCUGGCAGCGCAGGCUCAGGAGCUCAGCUCGUGUCUUACUGCUCUGAUAAAGACAGAGAAGGAAGCGGAGGUGAGGAGAGCUGCUGUCCAUGUCAUCACCCUGCUGCUGCGAGGCCUCAGCGACAAAACUACCCAGGUUCUCAGUGACGUUCUGUUGGACCUGUACCGGGCUCUGAAGUGGGUGGUGCGCUCCGACCCGGAUGACGUUGCAGUGGUCCACGCUCAGCUGGCUCUGGAGGAGCUUGAUGACGUGAUGAGGAGGUUCAUCUUCCCUGAGCAGAAGCUGGAGAAGAAGAUUGUUGUCCUGCCUUAGACCGCAAAUGUUAUUUAUUUCCAUUGUUUGGAGUUAUAGAGGACUUUAUUUGUAUAUUCUCUCCAAGUCUUUCCUAAAGAAACAAGUCACCCUAUACCACUGUGUUCUACUGAAAUGGGUUAUUUAAAUAAAGUUUUAAAAACA